ACAGAGUUAUUUUCUGUCCUCCGGGAGUUCCAGGACUCCGUGCAAAUGGGAUUCUGAGCUGGGAGCCACCGGAGAAGGGAAGGUGGACCCUACUUUCCCUUUCAGGUCCUCCCCUUUCUCCCUCUCUCUCUCUCUCCCUGUCUCUCUCGCGCCCUCUGCAUUCUGGUGAGCCGCUUUUCUGGAACUCUCCGAGGGACCUGAGGCAUGGAACUGAGCUGAGCACAGGAGCCAGACCAGGACGAGGAAGACUAACUCCCACCUCCCCCACCCCCACGCCCGCCCUCUUCCCAGGAGUUGUGUUUGGCCUGAGAUCUCGCUGCACGGCACGUGUGUUGUUGGAAGAGCUGAGAGUGUAGGCUGGGCCUCGUCCUCCUGCCCCUGCCCAGCGCUGCCGCCUCUCCACCCGGGACAUGGCCAUGGACGGCAAAGUGGCAGUCCCCGAGGAUGGGCUUCCCGUGGUCUCCUGGGUCCCCGAGGAGGGAGAGAAGUCGCACCGGGAAGGCCAGGAGCAGGUGAAGGACCGGGGCCAGUGGACCAACAAGAUGGAGUUUGUGCUGUCAGUGGCCGGGGAGAUCAUUGGGCUGGGCAAUGUCUGGCGGUUUCCCUAUCUCUGCUACAAAAACGGAGGUGGAGCCUUCUUCAUUCCCUACUUCAUCUUCUUCUUCACCUGUGGCAUUCCACUCUUCUUCCUGGAGGUGGCCUUGGGCCAGUACACCAGUCAGGGGAGCGUCACAGCCUGGAGGAAGAUCUGUCCCCUGUUUCAGGGCAUCGGCCUGGCGUCUGUGGUCAUUGAGGCCUAUUUGAACAUCUACUACAUCAUUAUCCUUGCCUGGGCUCUCUUCUACCUGUUCAGCUCCUUUACCUCACAGCUGCCCUGGACCACCUGCAACAAUUACUGGAACACAGAGCAUUGCAUGGACUUUCUGAACAAGUCUGGAGCCAGCUUGGCCGCCUCUGCUGAGAACUUCACCUCGCCGGUCAUAGAAUUCUGGGAGAGACGUGUUCUGAGCAUCACCUCUGGCAUCCACGAUCUGGGCUCCCUGCGCUGGGAGCUGGCGCUGUGCCUCUUGCUCGCCUGGAUUCUUUGCUACUUCUGCAUCUGGAAGGGGGUCAAGACGACAGGCAAGGUGGUGUACUUCACAGCCACCUUCCCUUACCUGAUGCUAAUAGUCCUCCUCAUCCGGGGCAUCACGCUGCCCGGCGCCUACGAGGGCAUCAUCUACUACCUGAAGCCGGACCUUCUCCGCCUCAAGGACCCCCAGGUGUGGAUGGACGCGGGCACCCAGAUCUUCUUCUCCUUCGCCAUCUGCCAGGGUUGCCUGACAGCCCUGGGCAGUUAUAACAAGUACCACAACAACUGCUACAGGGACUGCAUCGCCCUCUGCGUCCUGAACAGCGCCACCAGCUUUGUGGCCGGCUUCGUGGUCUUCUCCAUCCUGGGCUUCAUGUCCCGCGAGCAGGGGGUCCACAUCUCAGAGGUGGCCGAGUCGGGUCCGGGCCUGGCUUUCAUCGCCUUCCCCAAAGCAGUGACAAUGAUGCCCCUAUCGCAGCUGUGGUCCUGCCUUUUCUUCGUCAUGCUGAUCUUCCUGGGGCUGGACAGUCAGUUUGUGUGUGUGGAGUGUCUGGUGACGGCGUCCACCGACAUGUUCCCCAGGCAGCUGCGCCAGAGCGGCCGGCGGGAGCUCCUCAUCCUUGCCAUCGCCAUCAUCUGCUACCUCAUCGGACUCCUGCUGGUCACCGAGGGCGGGAUGUAUGUCUUCCAGCUGUUUGAUUAUUACGCCUCCAGCGGCCUCUGCCUGCUGUUCCUCGCUGUCUUCGAGGUGGUCUGCAUCAGCUGGGUGUAUGGGGCCAACCGCUUCUAUGACAACGUCGAGGACAUGAUUGGCUACCGGCCCUGGCCCCUGGUGAAGAUCUCCUGGCUCUUCCUCACCCCUGGACUCUGCCUGGCCACUUUCUUCUUCUCCCUGAGCAAGUACACGCCUCUCCGGUACAACAACAUCUACGUGUACCCGCCCUGGGGGUACUCCAUUGGUUGGUUCUUGGCUCUCUCCUCCAUGGGCUGCGUCCCACUCUUCAUCAUCAUCAGCCUCCUGCGGACCCGGGGCUCCUUCAAGAAGCGCGUGCGCCAGCUCAUCACCCCUGACCCCAGCCUGCCACAGCCCAAGACCCAGCUGAGUGUGGAUGGUGGCGCCAGCCAAGACUGCAGAACCCCCGCCACCAAGGAGGCACUGGUCACUGGGGAGAAGGAGACCCACCUGUAGGAUGUGGCCAAAAGCCAGGUGAUGGCUGAGGCCAGGACCUCAGUCAGUGUCAUGCUCUACCCCCAAUGGACAGCCUUUGCUUCUGUCCCCUACCACAGUACUGCUGACCACCUCCGUGCUGUACCUGGGCAGCCCGGACAGAGGCCAGACGCCCAUCAGCCGGAGCAGCACCUCCUGGAGGGCCAGAGAAGGUCCCGCUGAGCGUGCCAUGCUGUCAAGGGACUCCAAUGGGAACAUCUCGCCCUGUUUCUCGAGGAGGGUGUCCUUUUGAGUCACUGUUGAGUCGCACCCUGUGUAAUGGGGAGGAGGGGCGGCUCCUGCAAGAGCUUACUCGGUGUGUGUGUUGGGAGGGUAGUGCCAGCCAGCGCCCACACUGUGCCCUCACCAAGAGACCCGAAUGGAACACACCACGAUGGAAGCGACAACUGGAUGCCCCCCCGCCAUUGGAUCUGAUGUUCCCUAUGUGUGGGGGUCCCGUCCUAGGCCCCACACUCUGGAUUACCUACGGAGGGAACUAGAGGAACAACAGAAGUGGGGUUAAGGGGGGCUUCUAAGCCUUCCCAUGCCUCCUUGUCUUGGGCUUUCUCAGCGGCGGUUCCUGCAGUUGGGCCCAGCUCAGUGCUGCUUCCACCCUCUUUCUGAACUAUAGCCAUCUCCCCAGGGGUCACUGGCGCGGAAGAGACGUAGAGAUGACCGCUAGACGUGCCCCAUCCAUGACUGUUGCCUCGGCUCUCCAUUUUGGCACACGGGGCAGGCAUGGCCAAUCAAUGACCCUCAGGGCAGACCUGGGUAAUCAACUACAGACCCCUGACCCAUGCACAGUUCCUCCGCGGCGCUCCCGACCCAAGGAGGCUCCGUUUGCACCCUGCUGUUGUCUAACCCCGUGGCUUCACGGAAAAGGAAAUGGAGGACCCAAGAGAUGAAGUGACUUUUUUUCCCCAGCUGCCCACAGCUCCCGUCCCCCUGUCAGGCCAGUGUUCUUCCCGCCACACCCCUCUGCCUAGUUAAAAGCGUGUGUAGACCCUC